AUGUCCAGCGCCCUUGAAGGAAUCUACAACCCUGGAGUAGUAGACCCCGGGGUUCCCGUGCAAACCCCCACCGCACCAUUCUGGCAAUCAAGCCCUCAUGCACGAGCAUCCCAUCAAUCGCCCUGGCCCGGAGAGGGAGAGGGAGAGGUAGCAGAUGUGAUCAUCAUCGGCUCCGGAAUCACAGGGAUGACGCUCAUCCGAACACUACUCGCGCUGCAACCGACACUCAACAUCGUGCUUGUUGAGGCCCGCUCGCUCUGCUCCGGAGCAACGGGUCGAAACGGCGGCCACAUCAAAACCAUGACCUUUGCCAUGUGGGAGGAACGGAAGCGGUCGUUUGGGAUCGCCGAGGCGGUCCGGAUCUCCGAGUUCGAGUUCAGUCAUCUACAGACUAUGGCUGAUGCAAUCGCCCAGGACGGCCUAACUGCCCACUGCGAUCUUCAGUUCACGGAAGGCAUUGAGGCGUACUAUAGCCUGAAGUCCUUUGAAGAUGGUCUUGCCGCACUGCGGGAUAUGCAGAACUAUGUUCCGCGUUUGGCGGCCAUGCACCGCGUUUAUGCUGGGGAGGGGCUGGCGCAGUUGCAGAAGACGGUGGGCCUUGCAUCAUCUUCAUCAUCAUCGCAGUGUGUUGGUGCGAUUGGGGUUCCUGCUGCGUCAUUAUGGCCCUAUAAGUGGGUGACCGGGGUAUUGGGCCCGUUGAUCGACUCCAGGAAGAUCAAUGUCCAGACGCAAACCACGGUGCAACAGGUUCUGGAGGAACCGGGAGACGACUUCGCCAUUGUGCAGACGGAUCGGGGCGAACUCAAAGGAAGACACAUUGUGCAUGCUACGAAUGCCUGGAUCGGACAUCUCGUCCCCGAGCUACAGCCGUAUAUUUCACCCGUCCGCGGCAACGUCGUGCACUAUGGGCCAGUGACUAGUACUGCCGAGGGCAGCCGUUCUCCGGGGGUGUCUGCGUUUGGCCUUAACCCGGAGUAUUCUUACUGGCUUCGCUACGGCGACAAGGACUACGACUAUAUAAUCCAGCGGAAGGAUGGCGGGGUUGUGAUUGGCCGUGCCAAUACGGGCCGAAUCGCAACGGCUGACGAUAGUACGACUGAUCUCGCGCCCAUGGUCCAUUUGCGUGGGGUGGGGGACGAGGUUGUGUCCUCUCCUGUGCUGGGGUCUUCGGCAUAUAUCACGCAUGGCUGGUCGGGGAUUCUCGCCUUCAGUCAGGAUGGGAUGCCGUUUGCUGGUCGGCUGCUUGGUCGGGGUCGAGAACACCAGUGGGUGUGUGGGGGGUACCAUGCUACGGGGAUGAUCAAGGCGUUUCGCACGGCACAGUUUGUUGCGGGCCUUAUUGCCGGGGGUACGGUCCGGGAUACACUUGGGGAAACUCCUCGGUCGAUGCUUUUGACGGAGCAGAGGUUCAGGGCGCUGCGAAAAUCACUCGAAUUGGGGCAGCCCGUUCUCAACUCACCGAAGCUUUAA